GGCAGCCGACUAAAUUAGAAUUAGAAAUGUCAGAACUGAAAUUUGACAGUGAUGGUUUUGAAAUUGUUAGAAUUAAAAAAGGUUUAAAAAAUAAAUCAACAAAAGUACCUCCUAAAAAUAUACAUUUCGAAAAACAAGAAAAUAAAAUAGACGUCGUAAAAUCUUAUAGGCGUAUUGAAACCUGCGUAGAAGAUCUAGAGAUCUCGGAAUAUUGGAAAAACGCGAAUAAAGCUGUGAGUAAUAUUUUAAAACAUGAAAAAAUUGUAGAAAUAGUGUGUUUUGGACUCGGUCAUAUAGGAGAAUGUAAUAUUUCGCGAUAUCAAUUAGCACUAUUACUGUGUAUAAAGAAAACUUUUAAACCUGAAAAGGUACUCGUACAUGAUCCGAUAUUUUACAUUGAUGAAUGUGAAAUUCUCAAAAAAUUUCAAUUAAAUGUUAUUGAAGAAAACACUGAAGGAAGUUACAUAAUAAACAAGCAUGGGGUUACCUUAGUUUAUCUACCACAUUGCCCAAAACAACUCACUAAUAACUUUCUAUGGAGCAAUUGGACAGACAGCUUAAAGAAUUGCAUUCUUCUUUGUAACAGUUUUACUUCUCUCUUGGAAAAUAAUAUAACUCGGGUUAUUAAUGAAACUGUUCCUUUAAUUUAUAAAAUACAUCCAUUCAUUCACGAAGUAUCAUUAGAAAACAGUUUCACAUACAAGGACAUCUUUAAUGACACAUCAUUACACUACUUUCCUAGGGAAAAGCUUAAAUUAGUACCUAAAGAUUUUUGGGAAAAACAAGACAAACCAAAAUAUGAGAAUACUGAAGAAUUUAUUACUUCAUUAAUGAUAGAAAAGUUGACAAUCUGAAUUUGU